UAUUUGGAGAUCUAGAAGUGAAAACCUCGAAGAUAGAAGUAGUACAAGGAGCACCGUACACUCUGGUGUGUAGGAUGUCGAGCAAGUCCGCUUCAGCAGUUUACCCUGUUAGCAUCCUCUUCGAUGAAACAGCAAAGACUGGUGGGGUAAGUUUCAAGAUGAUCAACUUAAAGGAAAAAACCCUCUGUCUAAAACCUAAGAGCAAUCCCACUUUCGAAAACGAUCUGGUUAUCUUUGGGGCAUGUGCAGAUAUACAAGACAAGUUUUACCGAGUAAACACUGAUUACAUUUUUCACAGCUUGUCUGGUCUCUGCUUCGGACUCAGUGAUAAGAAGGCAGCCGAUGGGACUGGUUUAAUAAUGACAAAAGACUGUGCUAAAAAUAAAUUUACAACAACAUGGAGUGAGAAAUAUGGGCAGCUAUAUGUGGAGGUGGACGGAUCAAAACAAUUCUGCGUGGCAGGACCUACUGCCAGCGCCUUGUUAGACGACACGGCGGAAUUGAAACCACUUUCAACAUGUAACAGUUGGGGAGACGCUGUUAAAUUUCAGACACCUGAGAUUAAUUACGUGAACAUGACGUUGACAAGGAAUGACAGCGCUGUGUACUCGGAUAUCAUGUAUAAAAUAGCGAAGUUCGAAACUACCAACGAGGGAAGGUACCGGUGCAUGGUUUCCUGCUCAAACAAUAUCCUGCUGCCUUCUGAGCAGGCAGUCGACAUCUACCAAAUAUAUGUCAGCAAGCAACCUCCGACGGGAAUCGCAGCCAACGUGGGCACAUUAUUCGAGAUGUCUAUGACAAUAACGUUCCCGAAGACAAUGUCGAGUUCGAGAAGACCACCCGAUACAAACAUCGACUUUCUUGAAUAUUUGGAAGAAGGAUACAUCAGCAUCACUCCUGUUGAACACAAAAUUGACUGGUCAGAAGAAACAGCAACAGUAACAGCUGCGUUCAAAGUAACCACUCUGGAGCAAGGGCUUAAGGACUACGCCCUGAGAUUAAACUUUACUAAAAUUGGAGGUGUUGGAAGUCUGAUUAGUAAUAAAACCUUGCUUGUGGUUCAGAUGACAUUCAACAAAAACGAAAUAAUAACUGGUCUUGAUAAUGAAGAUGCCACAACAGUGUGUUACGGGUACUCCACCACUUCUGCUACUAGUGCCUGGCUUGUCAAGGUUGGGGACCCUACCGCCGAAAUUCUCUUCAAAACAUCAAACGGUAAUUUUGACAUCGAAACCAGGAAGACAGAGUUCACAGUAACUUUGAAAAAGGUCUCGCAGAAAGACAUUGGUAACUACACCUGCUGGAUAGAGUUUGCGAGUGCUACUCUACCAUCUCUAACUAGCUCAUAUCUCAAGCUUCUGUAUAUAGAGAAACAACCACCCUCCUUCUUCGCGGGAGCGAGGAACGGAGAGGCCUUUGUGAGUGCGACUAUUUCCUAUCCUACAGGAGGCGGUGUUUCUGUAGCCAAGCCAACAGCAGAAUGGUUCACGUACACGGAAACUGAAGUGGAAGUUGGAGGAGUAAAGGAAAUACAGAAAGCAUACGGGAAUCUAGAUACAGCAGACGAAGUUACACUGACAGCAGAUGAGAGUGAUAACGCGCCUACUGGAAUAAACAGUACUCUUAUCUCAACUUUGAAAGUUGGAACUGCUCAGAUAGAACAGAAAUACAUGCUGAAGGUCACCUACGGGGAGUACCCGGCAUUUACUCUCCAAUCUGCUGCCACAUCGCUCAUCAUACUUGAGGUGAACAUGAAAAGAGGUCACGUGGAGGCAGUACCAGGAUCAGAUGUUGCUAUUACUUGUCAUGCUAAAGAUGCUACUAUCGUUACCAGUUUUGUGUGGUAUAAGGAUGGUGCGAGCUACAAAGGAGACGCUAAGCAGAGUGCACGUUAUGACAAAGAAAAGGGACAAACUGAUGUCACAAUAGAGUGGCUAGGGGUAGCGAAAGAGCAAGAGGGCACAUUCUACUGUGCAGUGGUGUUCCAAACCGGUGGAGCUAAGGGAAGCAGUCUGGGUUCACAGGAGAUAAAACAGACAGUCUUCACUGUGAUGAGUUAUACAGUGCAACCUCCCUUUUACACCUUCGUCACUGCUAAACACCAACAGAUCAUAACGUGCCGAGUAACUGUUCCUGGGGACGGAGACCCAGCGCUGCAUCCACACCCCACGGUUGUCUGGAUUGCAAGCACUGGAAAUAACACUGGUGAAGUUACCUCUAAGGCAAUCAAGGAGAACAAUGUUGAGUACAUGGAGUUCACCUUCCAAACCCCUCUCGUACCCUUCCCUGAAUUUGGUAUGACAUACCAAGCAAACGUGACCUACGAAAAAAUAGCCUCCCCAGGUUCCAUUCUCAGUGAUCUAACUACAAUCCAGUUCCGGACCGCGGAGAUAGAGAAGAAAUCCUUCAACAACUUGGAUCUAUCGUUCAGGAAGUUCUACGUUGUAUUAGGAGCUCAGCUGCGGAUCACGUGCAAUGUGAAAAGUAAUAAGGAAGUCGCUAAGGAGUCCAUCAAGUGGAUAAAAAAGGAGGGGGACGGAACAAAAGAAAUAACAUUUGACGUUCCUGGAAAGUGUAACCAGGCCCAAACACCGGAGAAGCGAACAGAAGAAACAAAAACGGAGGAAACAAAAGAGGAAACAAGUACAGCGGAUAAUUGUCCAGGGAUCACCCAGGCAAACUCAACUAGGGCAGGACUCAGUACUUACAACGUAAUAACAUUUGCUGCACUAACCGACGCGUACCAUGGUUCCAAUGUAGGCUGCUCAGCCACCUUCACAGAUGAAGACGGAUCUACUGCCUCUUCCGGCGAAGACUGGGGUGAAAUAUAUGUUAUCAAGAUCACAGCUCAACCAAACGCAUACGCCUUUCAACGCAUCGGAGGAAACGUUGAUAACGUUAAGGUUACGUAUCAGAACUCUAAUCCAAGUUACUUACCUGCCGACUGGCAAUGGUGCCAGAGUGAUGAUAAUCUGGGAGUGGUCAACCAGGUGUGCUGGGACCACAACACACCACCAGGAGUGUUCGCGUAUGACGAGAUGGCGUAUUCUGACACGUCACUCACGAUAGUGGCUAACGCCACAACUGCGGGACACUUUUACUGGGCGAAGAUAACGUAUGAUAAGAAACUUCUGGAUACGAAAACAUCCAAUAUAAAUGUUUUGGAGUCUUCUAAAACUUAUCUUAUACUUGAUGCACUGUGUUCGACCAAUAAGGAUGUAAAGUUCCAAAAGUUCCCAAUAGUAACGGAAGAAACUUUUGGAUUUGAAUUGGAGAUAGGGGACCUGAUGAUUAUAUACGGCACAACUAAUAUAGAGUUUCCCAAACAAACAUCUUCGUUCUCCCUCAACUGUGCGACCAAUAAGAAGUUUAUCAAGGUGACAGUGGACUCCACCGCAGGUGUGGUAAACCUACAACCAACCACUGACUCCUGCGAAGAGGCUGACAUGGGGGCCAGCUCAGAUCUACCCUACAACAACGCACCCGGCAAGGUGGAGCAGAUCAUGAUGGUGAUGACUAAAUCUGCUUAUGUGGCCUGGACUACUAAAAUGGGACAGAGCAGUAAAUCCAAUGUGUUGUUUAAUGUAAAGACGGAGGCAAGUGAAGGAAACGUGGUCGAGUAUCAUGAGGAUUUCAAGAAGAUAGUCGGGAUCAACCCUUAUGCGGAUGGUUCAAGGACUCCGCAAGCUUUUACGGUGGAAGGUUUAACAAUCUGUGCUACCGAACACGGGAGCAAGCUCCUGGAGAAGGCAGGAGCAAUGCCAAUAGAAGAGGACUACAGUAUAACAGGGGUGGUUAGCAUCCAGUGGAUAAACAGCUGGGGAGUGAUCUGUGACCUGGACUGGGACACUCCAGAUGCUACAGUCUUCUGUAACAGUAUCAGGGGGAACGGUGGUAUCCCCAUAUUUGGGGUUAGCAAGAAGAUCUCGUCCCGUGAGAGCGUGUGGUUGAGUAACAUGACCUGUUCGGGGGCUGAGCCGUCCCUAUACACGUGCCCUAAUACGGGCUGGGAUAUAGUGGAUGGGGGAGAUGGGUGUGGGAAGAAUAGCUACGCGGGGGUUCAGUGCUUUAAGAACGGGUAUCAGGAUCUCAAGCUGAUAGGAGAUUAUGAUUGGGUACAUCAUAUUAUUUGGAAGGGAUUGGUGGCCAUUAAGUAUAAUGACCAGUGGGGUUCUGUUUGUUCAGCUACACCAUGGACAAGAUUAACAGCAUCAGCGGUGUGCUUCCAGCUCGGACUGGGUUACGGAGAAGCUACUUUAGAGAAAGUGGCAGGUAGACUCAACACAAGCUGGUCUCACCCAAUGAACAUUAAGGACGAGCCCCUUCCUCUUAUAUGGCUGGAUGAGGCGGAGUUGGAGGCAAAAUGGGACAGUGUGAAUCUCCAAGCACAGAGCACAGAGCAGACAAUCAAACUCGAUGAAAAGUACAUGUACUACGUGGAAAACAAAACCUUCGAGUUGGUAACAACUGAGAAACUCUCCGCCACCGCCACAAUCGGGCUCACUUUCCUAGACUCAAGUGGAUCACCCAACGGCUGGAUCAUGAUGACUGGCACUACUGUCAGGUACUCGUGUACCAACCAGUCAAUUGCGUACACAAGUGAUAACAGUAAUGUAGGGGGGAUCUUUGAGAUCUUUAAGACCCCGAAGAGGAUUGAAGUUCAGUUCCAAAAGGUUUUGUUUUUGAACUACACCUUCACUGCUGGUUGCGAUCUGGAGGAACAAGCGUACGGGUUCACAUUUCUUUCAGAUGCUUAUCCGAAACACACGGCUACCACGACCAAGUUCAAAGUACCAAACCGUGUAGCGCACAUAAUGGACCAGCGACUAACCAAAGGGUUCUGGGGCCGAGCUCUGACUCAAUUCUCAAAAUGUAACGAUACUCAAGCUAUCUCUCUGACCUGCACCCCCCGUCUCCAGUGUUACACGUGCGAAUCAGACAACAGUGAGGAUUGCUUCAAGGAAGUGGAGAUGAAGAAGGAGACUUGUAGGGUUGAUGUUACCCAGUGUUACUACCUCAAGUACGAGGACGCAGCAAGUAAAGCUGUUCACAUUAAACAUGCGUGUGGGGUUGACGACUACCAACAGACUGCCAACCUGAAGACGUGUGAAGCGAUGAGGGCAGCUGCUAACUGUGGGGAGAAUGGAAGGGUUUGUUUUUGUAAGGAGUGUUACGGAAGGUUGUGUAACAGUAGUCCGCUCUACAAGGCCGCCCAGGCACAAACUCAGGCUAUCACUGGCUCUAUUGACUCGCUCAUGUAUUUGAUGAGAGAUUUGAAUAAGUUGUUGAGGGUGGGCAUGUUCGAUUUCAGUAUUAUUAGUGCAGCCAGUAAUACCACAGAAACUUGACCGAUUUAAUUGCUGUUGCAUUUUAUGAUUGUUUCUAUCAGCUCUAAUUCCGUUUGAGUUUGGUAAUCGCUCCAAUUAAUGAUCUCCCAAUUAUUGAGUAUUUGAUUGUUUUAUAUUCCGCUAAUUUAUAAGUUUCUAAGUUUGCAGACAAUGUUAAUUUUUCUUUAAAUUUUCUUUAAA